AUGAUGUAUGCAUACUAACCAAAAACAAUGGUCUUUUUCCUCACAAUGGACGGUUGAUAAAAGUUUUAGCAAUUUGAUUGAAGAAAAUUAGUAAAACAAAUACUAAUCUCUCCGUCAAUUGUUAGUUGGUCCACUAAUGAUUGAUGCUGAACUUGGUAGGGAGGACAACGAUUUCAUCCAUUGCAACUGCGAUUAGGAAGAGGUUGAAAUAACUUGAUGUCAUAACUGACUCCGAACUAUAUUAGGCGGUCUAGUAGGCCAGAUACCAGUGACGAAAAAAAAUAUACUAAUCUCUCCUCUAUAUAUCUCUCUCUUGAAAUCCAAUCACAUGAUGUAUGGGUACUAACCAAAAACAAUGGUCUUUUCCCUCACAUUGUAGUACGAUUGAUAAAAGUUUUAGCUGUUUCUUAUUCUCUUGUAGUUUGCAGAAAAGGAAUAAUGGAAGCUAUGUCAGCUUUUUCUGUUCCUUCAUUUCACAUCCCAAUAGCACUUGAAACACAAACCCCAUUUAAAAAAUCCAUGUUCUUGAAAUCACAAUUGCAUUCAAAACUUCCAUUAAAUAGUGGGAUCACUUCAAAAUUUAAGGUUUUUAGUGAAUUAUCACCCUCUCCGUUGAAAUAUUCUAGUAGUAAUCUUCAAGUGGAUGAUGAAUCAGAAGUUGAAACAGAUACAGAGAAAUUUGACUGGUACUCACAGUGGUAUGCUUUGAUGCCACUUUGUGAUCUUGAUAAAAGGGCACCUCAUGCUAAGAAAGUAAUGGGAAUUGAUGUUGUUAUAUGGUGGGAUAGGAAUGAAAGUGAAUGGAAAGUUUUUGAUGAUGCAUGUCCUCAUAGAUUGGCACCUUUGUCUGAAGGAAGAAUUGAUCAAUGGGGUAGGUUGCAGUGUGUGUAUCAUGGUUGGUGUUUCAAUGGAUCAGGUGAUUGCAAAUUCAUUCCUCAGGCACCUCAUGAUGGACCUCCAAUUCAUACGUCGAAAAAAGCAUGUGUAGCUGCUUACCCAAGCACAGUGCAGAAUGAUAUCUUGUGGUUUUGGCCAAAUACUGAUCCUCAAUACAAAGAUAUUAUCACAAAGAAAACACCCCCAUUCAUACCAGAAAUUGAUGAUCCAUCCUAUAGUAGCUUAAUGGGAAACAGAGAAAUUGCUUAUGGGUACGAGGUACUAAUUGAAAACCUCAUGGACCCAGCACAUGUUCCAUAUGCACACCGUGGAAUAAUGAACACUGAUCAUCCAAAAGAUAAACUUGAUAGAGAAGGAGGAACACCACUUGAAUUGUCAAUUGAAGAGUUCGAUGUCAAUGGUUUCACGGCAGAUCAGGGUUGGAGUAAAGGCAAAUUUAUGUCACCAAGCAUCUUUUACGUAUAUAAACCUGCAUCUUCUGAUGAAACUAAGAAAUUAUUGUUCCAGAAGAAAUUUGCUUUGAUCUUAAUUUGUAUUCCUGUUAGUCCUGGUAAUAGCAGACUGAUUUGGUGCUUUCCAAGAAAUUUCGGACAAUGGAUUGACAAAAUUGUACCGCGAUGGAUGUUUCAUGUCGGACAAAACUUGAUUCUAGAUUCAGAUUUAUAUCUUCUCCAUGUUGAGGAAAAAAAAAUAAUGGAUGUUGGUCAAGAAAAUUGGCAUAAGGCCUGUUUUGUUCCAACAAAAUCAGAUGCUCUUGUGAUUGCUUUUAGAAAGUGGUUAAAGAAGUAUGCUGGUGGUCAAGUUGAUUGGAGAGGAAAAUAUAGCGGAGCUCUUCCUCCUACGCCUCCUAGAGAACAACUUUUGGAUAGGUACUGGAGCCAUGUGGUGAAUUGCAAGAGUUGCAAUUUGGCCUAUAAGAGCCUCAAUGUGGCGGAAGUGGUGCUGCAGAUCAUAUCAGUUGCUGCAAUUGGGAUUGUUGCCGCAAUGAAGCAAGGUGCGGUUUCAGCUGUAACAAGAAAUUCAAUGGUUGUGCUGGGGGUACUUUCAUUCGUAUUGUCGCGGCUGUUAGCUCACUUCAUAUACAAAUACUUACGUUAUCAUGACUACAACCACGCCUUUCUCUGAAAUGUGUUUCCUUAGUUAUUCAUGUCAAUCAUUGUUAUGUAUAUAAUAAAGUGAAGUUGUAAUAAAACAAAGCUAGUAUUAUUGGUGUGAUUAAGAGUAGCUUUGGAACAUUUGUGUGGCUUAAAUAUGAGCAUUAAUCCAAGUAAAGAAGCCAUUAUAGGACCUGCAAAGUCUCUUAUAAGUUCAACUUCCCCAUCCAUAUACUCAUCAAUGCCAUUUGGAGAAUUGUUGCAGAAUUUUUUGAACAAGGGUUCUUACUUUGAACCUGAAAUCCGCUUAUAAAAAUGCAGUCAUACUA